UAGCUACUGACGACGCAUGGUCAACGUGGUUUACAAUUAGCUGUUUUUCACCUUUGGUUGUGCGAAUCUGACGUUAUCUUUUCUAAGGCAUACCGCUCACAUGUGAGUGUGAUAAAGUGUGAAUAAUAAUGUCAACCAGUUCUACAAUAGUGUUAUCUGCUACUGCAUAGCAUUCAAUGAUAUUUCAGUAAAUGAACUGCGAACUAUGGAAGAAAGGGUUAUAAAAUUAAGAGUGGUUGCUUUGGAUGAAAGGCAGGACAUCCAGAAAAAGACAUUCACGAAAUGGAUCAACGGCUAUCUCGCAAAAUCAAAUACCACUCCAAUCAACGAUUUGUUCGAAGAUCUGCGCGAUGGACAUAAAUUGCUUUCCUUGCUGGAGGUGUUAACCAACCGCACAUACAAACGCGAGAAAGGCUGCAUGCGAGUUCAUCAGAUUAACAAUCUGAACAAAGCACUGGCAGUACUGCAAGAAUGUGGAGUAAAACUCGUUAACAUAUCCAGUGAUGAUAUAAACUCGGGAAAUGCCAAACUCACAUUGGGACUGAUAUGGUUGAUUGCUUUGAGCUUCGACGGUCAGAAGCUAGUCAAUUCUCAAGCGAUCAGUGGUAUCGAAAAAUCUCUACUCAACUGGACCCGGAAGUUUGUAGAAAAGCAUGGAAUAAAGGUUUCCGAUUUCUCAUCCAGUUGGUCAGACGGCUCAGCAUUUUUAGCUAUUCUAGCUGAAGCUAUUUCCACGUUGGAUUUGCAAGCUGCACUCAAGAAGCAUCCUAUUGCCCGGCUUCGUAUGGCAUUUGACUUGGCGUACAAACAUUUAGGAAUAGAACAAUUGCUUGAUCCGGAAGAUGUCAACACAAACAAACCGGAUAAAAAAUCUAUUUUAAUGUAUGUGAUGUGUCUGUACAAUGCUAUCGAUUCUAGAAGACUUGAACAUCAAGGAAGUAUUCAGCAUUUAGUACAACAUGUGGAAAGCAUGGAAGAAAUUCAACUUCUUAGCGAAAAAGAAAUUGAAGACGAUACGGACGACGAUUCUAGAAAUAAUAAUAACGGCUUAGAUCAAAGUAGAGCAACUAUCGCCGAUAACGAUGAUCACCUUGUUCCAGGCCAUGCUGGAAAUUUGGCUCACCUGGAGGAGAUAUCACUCGCUCAGUCUAUCGAUGAUCUGCGCAAUUUUAAUAGAGAAAACAAAGUGAAGGUGUUGUCGCAAAGUAAGCCAAUAGUUCAAAGAUUAGAACACGCUGAAGUUACAGGCUCAAACCUUAAAUUUGGCGACUCAGUUUCAUUGCCAGACAAAACGGAUUCGUUCUAUUGGGAACCGAAAUCCUCCCGACCAGUCUCGACGGCCACAAACUUUUCAGUCGAAUUCAGUGGUUAUCAAACAGCAGUAGAGGAAGUGCUCACAAUGCUUUUGGAAGCGGAAGAACUAUUUUCUAAAGAAAUAGUUGAUGCCCAAAGCUUAUCUGAUGCCAAAAAACAAUUCCAUGAUCACGAAGAAUUUAUGGCAAAACUUUCUGAAUAUCAAACGUUUGUUUGCGGUGCCCUUGACGAAGGAUCAAGACUGAUUAGUGAAUCGCAAGCAAAUCCUGGUUCGCAUGGCUUAGACCAGGAAGGACAAAAUGAAAUUAAGCAACAAUUAUUUCUGUUGAACGAACGUUGGGAAAUGUUGCGUGUAAAUGCCUUGGAGAGGCAAUCAAAAAUUCACAAAAAGUUAGCCUCAUUGCAAAUGGAUAAAGUCGACGAGUUGAAAAAUGUUCUAACGAUGAUCGAAGACAGAAUUUCACAUAUGUCAGAUGUGGGUCCAACUCCUGUCGAACUGAAGGCGCAACUUGAGCAACAUAAAGUAUUGCAAAAUGAUAUGGAAGCACAAGAAAAACUAGUCGACAGCCUAAGUAAUCUUGUUAUCAUAAUAGAUUCAGACUGUUUUAGCGAUCUGGAAGAUAAACUUUCGGCUUUGGAAGAGCGUUGGUCGCAUCUCAUAAAAUGGAUAGCCAAUCGAUGGGAAAAACUUCAAAGCUUAAGUCAGCGAUGGACAAAGCUUUCGGAGCAAUAUAGAAUUAUAUGCCGUUGGAUAGAGUCCCGAGAGUAUAAUCUGAAGAAAAUGGAGAUGAACGAAACGGUAGAAAUGGGUGCCAUGAUGGAAAGGAUAAAAUGUCUACAGUAUUGCAAGCAGGACGUGCUUGCACUAGCAGGAUGCUUGCAAGAACUGGAAACGUCAGCUCAGUCGCUCAAAGACGAAGGGUACUCCUCGUUGAACAUUUUGUCGAAAGUAGAACACUUGAAUGAUAUGUGUGAUGCAUUAGCACAAAUACUCGAAGCGCAAGAGGCACGAGUAGAAAACAUGGGCUUCCAAGUUCCCCAAGUCGCACCUAGUGAUGAUAACAAAACUUCGCUCAUGAAACCGAAUUCUUGGGAAGAUUUUCAAAUAAAAAUGCGCGAAGAGACCCAAGAAGUUGUAGAUAUAUUUAUGGACAAUUUAGACAGCUCGGAAUUUUCACCGCAGUCAGAGAAAAAACGAAAAAUUGAACAACCUGAACAGGUUGUUCAACUAAAUGAGCUUAUGUAUGAUAUCAAAAAUUCGUUAGAUAGAUGUUUCGACAAGCUAAAUGAUUUUGAGAAAACCGAUUUGAAGCAAAGGCUGACGUUACUGGAAAAAGUCGAGGUUAUAAUCGAUAAAAGAAAAGAAGACCAUUUCAAUGCAAAACAAAUGCUGGACAAGUGUAAAAAACUGUCAAAUGUUGAUUUAACCAUUGAAGCAACUCAAUUAAAUGAAUUGGGUAAUAUGAUUGACUCUAUUAGAAACAGAUUAGAUAAAUCCAGUAUCGAAUUGAAGAGUCUAGUUGUAAAGGAUAAAUUCAGUAGAAGUUUGACUGGUUUCAAACUGAUUUUAGCAGACACACGAGAUUGGUAUCAACAAAAUGCGAAUAUUGUUACAACGGAAGAUCUUGAAAAGCGCUUAUCUGAUAUGAACUCUUUCACGGAUGAAAUCGAAGAAAAUCGCCAGGUUUUACAUUCGUGCAGUGGACAAGAUUGGAGUGCUUGGAAGCAGGAUUUCGAACUAUUCGUCGAAAGCUGGAAUGACAUGAAAAAUUCAAUAAACCGUUUGAUAAUCGAUAAAGGCAGCUUCCAAGGUUUCAGCAAUGAAAUCCAAUCUAUCCAAGAACUAGUUGAUCAGGUACAACAAUUGCCAAUCAUCUAUUUUAAUUUAAAAGACAUGCAUCAAAAUCUAGACAAUAUGCAUUCCAUUAAAACUGUCUAUAAUAAACAAGCUGACGAAGGAUAUGGAGAAGUAAUUACCAAACUGAUGGCCGAUAGUAAAUAUUCACAUUUAGCUACCGCAUGGUCAAAUAUCCCGCAAUCAUUGAAUGACAGUAUUAUCAAGCAAAAUAUUGCCAUUGAGAAUUUGAACCACUUUAAUUCAGAGUACGACGAUGUCAUUAAUACGUUGGAUAUGAUCGAGCACAUUCUAAAGAAUGAAAUGUUUAUCCUAGGCGAAAUUAAAGCAUUAGAAAUGAAAAUCAAAGAAUAUGACCAAUACGCUACGGAUCUUAAAAAAGUGGACAUCGAUAUAAUUAGCAUAAAGAAUUUUGCCGAAAUAAUCGUUAAAAAUUGUGAAGACCAGUCUCAAAAUUCGCUUGCCGCCUUGAUAGACGUGCUCUGUGAACGACAUUCGACCAUCUCCAAUCAGUAUCGCGACAAUCUUACCAAAUUGAAUCAAGUUAAAAGCACCACUGAGAGUAUUCUGUCGAAGGUACACGAAACUGAACUCUGGUUAAAUGAUUUGGAAAUGAACACACCCAAAAGCUUGAAUUCAGACAUCAAAAGUUUAAAUGAGCUUUACCAGAUCAAAUCCAAGUUUCAAAUACUGAAAGAGACUUGCGAACAGCAGACGUUGAAAUUCCGCGAGCUAAAUGAGUCGGGCAACGAAGUUUUGCUACAAAUAGAUGAAUUGAUUUUAACCGAAACCGAUAACAAGGUAUCGUAUCUGGCGAAAAAGUUCACAAAACUGAAUGCCAGGUGGAGCGAGGUGACAUCACUGGUGUACACGCGGACUGCUCUUCUGGAGCACAUUUCUAGUCAGAUGGGAGAAUUCAAAACGUUGAUAGUGGCCGAAACUGGGUAUUUGGAUAAGUUGGACAAGUUACUACGGAAGAGCCCGGAAAGUGCCGCAGAUGCAGAGGAAAUUUCUGAGGAGCUUGAUGACAUUGAAAACUACAUAAGAAAUCAUCCUCAAGCGAGGUAUGACAAAAUUAUAUCAAUCGGGCGAGAAUUGUGUAAUCUAGAAUUUAUGGUAGAACCAAUUGAACAGGACAUACGAGGUGUCAGCGAAAGAUGGGAAAGCUUGCAGGCUCAAGCUCACCAACGCACUGUCAAAUUAGAGCAAGCCGUUAAGGAGGCACAAUCUUCCGAAAGUCAAGUAUCCUGUUUGCAACAGUGGAUCUUCCGGGUGGAUGGGAUUUUGAACGAUUUUAUAGAAAACGACACAACUAUUGAGGACGUUCCUCAUGAUUUCCAAAAGUUACAAGAGGAAUUUAAUCAUCACGAAAAAGUACUGGUGGAAAUGACGAAAAAAGUGGACCAUUAUAAGAAGGAAGGUAAGCUGGAAGCCGCGAAUCGUUAUCAGGAUCAGGUGAAACUAUUACAAGAUCAGUUCAGAGCAUGUCUCCAAAAGCUCAAUCGCCUGACAUCGCCGCAAGCAAUGUUCGAAACUAAAUUAUCGCAUGCUUUGGCAGAGCUUCGAAAUGUUGAAAAAAGUGCUGUUAUUCUGGACACCUCAUCCGCUGGCCCGGCGCAUUUACAAGAUCAAUUUCAACAUUGUUUGAAAAUGUAUCGCAUUUUAUCGGAAAUUAAAGGCGAAAUUGAGCAGGUGAUCCGCACUGGUAGGAAGGUUUGUGACGACAAGUCCACUAAAAAUCCUGUCAAACUUGGACAACGUAUUGACACUCUGAAACAUUUGUAUAAUUCCCUUGGCGAGACGGUAACGCAAACGAAGAUAGUAUUGGAGAACUUGUUGAAAAUUAUGCGUAACUUAGAGGAGAAUUUAUCGCAUGUGGAAAAUUGGAUAAACGCUAAUAGCAAUAUCAAGCAGUCCACGGAAGACGAAGAGCGCGUUACUCUUGAAAAGUUAAACACGUGUAAUGAACUUUUCGAAGAAUAUAAAAAAGUUUGUGAUCCGUUGUACUUGGAAGAUCUGCGAGCUCAGCUUACUGAUGCUGAAAAACGUUUCAAGGAAAUUCGCAAUUUGGAUGUGAAGAAAAAACUGACUCAUAUGAAAAAUACCUUGCAAAAUAUUGACUCAAUGGGCAUCGACAUGUUAAGGUCCAUGGAACAGGAUCUGAAAGCAGUUGAAACUCAUAGCGACGCGGAAGUGGAAGUGCUUCUGGAAAAAGUGUCUCAAAUACUGCAGGAUGCAUUAAAAGAAAGGCCACCCAAGCAGAAGGAAGACUGCCAUGUAGAAUUCGUCGUCCUCAGUGACACUGUUCGUCAACGCCGUGCCAAUAAAACACCCCAUUCGACUCACCAAGAAACACCAGCACCUAUUCCAAAUCUUGAACAGCAGAGCAAUGUUUUGCCUGACGUACUGCCCGCUACUUUUAGGCUGGCUGAAUCUAGUUCAUUAUUUUCGCGUAUAUCUAGUGAUGUUCCUUUACCACACAAAAUACCAGAUACGAAACCAAUCAGUCAUAGUCAUAUAUAUAAUGAAUGUUCUGUAGUCGAGAUCAAAGAAAAAAAUGUGAACACCAAGAUGUCUGUUCAGAACUUUGAUGUUACUCUGUGGAAUGAACCACAGCACGGACAAAUAGUCGACACGAUAAACAUUCUUGAAUCGUGCAAAUCAUUUGAGCCUGAAUUCGUUGAAACGGUGCAUAUAAUAGAUGCAUCCUCUGACACUGAUACAAGUUGUCCAUCACCGAAAACGGAGCGCAAGCAAAUCAAUAUUGCCAAACCAUUGAUUGGAGUAGAAACUAGCACACCAAAAUUAAGUAAAGCAAAUGACGAUCAAAAUAUUUUGGCACAGAAGCAGUACAUAAACAAUAAGGCUAAAAAAACCUACUCAUCACAGGAAAAUGAACGUGCUCCUCGUAGGGAUUUAUUCCUGUUCAAAGGCUGGCCAACGUUGGAUCCAACUCUGUUAAACUUUUUCUGUGACGAUCGAGACAGCUUUUACAGCUCCGAUAAAGAGAUUUACGACGAACCGCUCGUAUUUUCCGAAGAUGAAGAUAUUCCACGAUAUUCCAUUGAAAUGGCAACUGAUUCAGACAGUGAUACGAGUCGAAUCGAGACACCUAAUGCCAGCAAAUUGGGGGAGAAAUGUUUCAAGAUUGCUUCGCCAGGAGACCAGUCCCCGUUAAGUCCCAUCGGAAGCUAUCGAUACGAUUCGUACAAAAAACUUACCUCCCUUGAGCAGCGAGUCAACGAGUUCGACAAGACGGCAAAGUACAUGAUUAAAAAACUGGAACAAACCCGCGAGAAAAUCGACAAUUGCGAAGAUGGACCCAGCGUGGUGGAGAAUCUGAAGCUGACCAUUGCCCCGGAUGCUGCGACGUUAAUUUCGCAGGGGGACACUUUGAUUCUGGAGACACAUGGCAAAUCAAACGUACUCACCCAACGUUUGAUGGACACGCAAGCGCAGCUACGGGACAAGUUCAAAGAGGUGCAGAAUUCCAGAAAUUAUCCCAGCAAGUCCAUGCAGCAUUCACCCAACUUGAAUGAGAGUGAUUUUUCAACCCAUGAAUACUCACACCUCAAAGUUAUCGAUCUGGAGGAAAUAUCGUCCAAAGUACUGAAACGGAUUGGAGAUUUGCUGACGAAACCACUCAUCAAAGACAAUGAGAUCGAGCUCACCAAGCGGAUACUGGACAUCAAGGAACGUCAAGAGGAAGUCAAGCUGGCUAUUGGUGUGGCAUCGCAAACAACGCCUUCUGAGAAAGUGUCUGACACAAUGACUAAUCUGGAAAAGGGCAUGAGAGACUUAUCAAUUCAUUUUGAUGAAACCAUAGCAGCAUUAGUUUCGUUGAACAAAAGUGGCAGUCGAGAAGCAGCGAAUAUGCUAAGUGAGCACGAAUCCGCCAAAAUUCUGGCUAUGAUGAACGAAUCAUCUCCAUACAAAGGGACCUCUGAUCUGUCGGAUAUUUCCCAAAAUACAAUAGUUCACGAUGUUGGUGGCAACAGCUUAUCCAGUUUAAUACAAAGUAUCAAGGAAUUAUUAGCCGUGCCAGUAAUCGAUAAUACGGAAGAAAGCUUAAAUAAGCGACUAGUGGAUGUACAGCGAAAACAAGAGGAACUUAGGUUAAUUGUAGGCAAAGAACAUUCUAACACCAAAGUACUAAGUGAAGAAAACAUGGAUGUUCUUGAGAAGGUAACCAAAGAAUUGUCCAUCCACUGUGAUGAGGUCGUUAAUGCAUUAGCAGCUUUAAACAGCACUCGCAUUGAUACUGAAAAAAGUUACUCCCAGUCUUCCGAAAGCACAGUUGCUACCAGUGAAAAUCAAGAAAUGGAAGGAUACGUACCAGGUUCCUUUGCGGCAAAAUCAAAAGCUAAAAUAGUAGCCACCGCUCUGACCAAUAAUUUCGACAAAUCUGUUACUCAAAUUGUAGAAUGGUUGGAAAUGGAACGUGAGAUGCUUAAAAAGCAUUGCAUAGUGGUUGGUGAUUGCGAUAUGAUUUUAGAAUCCAUUGGUAAACAAAAGAAUAUGCUAGUCGAGCUUGAGUCCAAGAAGCCCCAUCUGGAUGAAUUGGUGAAGACCGCUGACAGUUUGAGAACAGAACUAAAUAAGCAAUAUUUGCAUAGUAAAGUGUCUCGAAUGCGUGAGCAAUGGGAUGAAACAUCGCAAUCAGUUUUACAACGUAAAUCACAAUUGACAGCAAUGUUAGGCGAUUCUCAGAGAUAUGAUGCAAAACGAAUUGAAAUUGAAAAUUGGCUGGCUAGAAUGGAAUCAAGGUCCGAAAGAAUGGGAGUGGUCGCUACUACAGCAGAUGUGUUGGAAGUGCAACAAAAAGAACAAAAAUCCUUUCACGCUGAGCUUCAUCAAUACAAACAUCACAUUGAGCUUUUCAACCAGUUGACACAAAAGUUGAUAGCUGUUUAUCCAUCAGACGAUACAUCACGGAUAAAGCGUAUGACCGAAUCGGUGAAUUUAAGGUACAACAAUUUGAACAAUGUGGUUAUAUCCAGAGGCAAGAUGCUACAUGCGGCAGUACAUUCACUACAAUCCUUCGACAGAACUUUGGAUCAGUUCCUAGGGUGGCUGAGCGAAGCAGAGUCUAUCUGUGAAAACACGGAAUCUGAGAUUGACAGAAAUCCGCAUGCUUAUAAGGAUUUACAGUCUGAGAUUGAAUCACACCGCGUUGUUUAUGACCGUUUGGAUAAUACAGGCAGAAAGUUACUGGGAUCAUUGACAUCACAAGAAGAUGCUGUGAUGUUGCAACGCCGUUUGGAUGAAAUGAACCAAAGAUGGAACCAUUUGAAGUCCAAGAGUAUUGCCAUUAGAAAUCGUCUUGAAUCUAAUUCGGAACAUUGGAAUGCAUUAUUGCUUUCCUUAAGAGAACUUACAGAAUGGGUCAUUCGAAAAGAUACCGAGUUAACUUCUUUGGGCUUAGGGCCCAUGAAGGGAGAUGCAGCAAGCUUACAGAAACAAAUGGAUGAUCAUAGGGCAUUCAGACGGCAAUUAGAGGAUAAAAGGCCGGUUGUAGAAAAUAAUCUGCUUAGCGGUCGUCAGUAUCAGAACCGAGAAUUGACUCGCAGCAUUCGUCGUGUGAAUAAAUUAUCGGAACAGUGGAAUCACUUAAUCGAUCGUUCUGAUAAUUGGAAACAUCGUUUGGAGGAUUUUAUGACGAAAAUGCGCCAGUUCCAAAAGGUUUUGGAAGACCUCGGUUCUCGAGUUGCAUCGGCUGAAACUUUGAUUAAAUCAUGGACUUCGCCCAGUUCAGCCACUGAUGCAGCAGAACAGAUGCAACAUCUUCAACGCCUGAAAGACAAAAUGACUACUGCAGGAGCAUUGCUAGAUGAUUGCAAUGAACAGCAGAGUUUCUUCACAGCAAACCAUGUACUGGUACCCAAUCAAUGUCUUGCCAAAUUAGAAGAUUUGAAUACACGGAUGAAAUUGCUCCAUAUUGCUAUGGAUGAGCGACAUAAGGUUUUGGUAGCAGGCGGAGCAAAUCAGCCAUCUGCCUCCGAUGCUGAUGGUAACAAGUCGAUGCAAGGUGUUAGCAGCGGAACAAUUGGUCCAAUUCCAAAUUUAGCAAUGAGUGUAAAACCACCAUGGGAACGAGCAACAACUCCAGCCAAUGUGCCUUACUAUAUUAAUCAUGAGCGAGAAAAUACACAUUGGGAUCAUCCUGAAAUGAUCGAGUUGAUGAAAUCCCUCGCUGAUCUGAACGAGGUUCGUUUCUCAGCAUACAGAACGGCUUUAAAGCUACGCACUGUUCAAAAAAGACUAGCUUUCGAUCGGAUAGCAAUGAACGUUGCCAUAGAAUCAUUCGAUCGUCACGGUCUACGAGCUCAGAACGACAAGUUAAUAGACAUACCGGAUAUGACAACAGUCUUGCACUCGCUAUAUGUAACAAUCGAACCAAUCGAUAUGCCGCUGAUGCUUGAUUUAGCCAUCAACUGGAUACUCAACGUGUACGACUCACAACGAACCGGGCAGAUACGCGUUCUUAGUUUUAAGGUUGGCCUAAUUUUACUCUGCAAGGGGCAUUUGGAGGAGAAAUAUCGCUAUUUAUUCCGGUUGAUUGCGGAUCUCGAGAAAAAGGUUGAUCAACGAAAGUUAGGAUUGUUGCUGCAUGACUGCAUUCAAGUGCCGCGACAAUUGGGGGAAGUUGCAGCAUUCGGCGGUUCGAACAUUGAACCAUCGGUUCGUUCGUGUUUUGAACGAGCUGGUGUAAAUCAGAACGGCGAACUGAUAGAGACGGCAAUCGAAGCGCAACAUUUUCUCAAUUGGUUGCAACAUGAACCCCAAAGUUUGGUGUGGCUUCCGGUUUUACAUCGUUUAGUUGCAGCAGAAGCUGCCAAGCAUCAAGCCAAGUGCAAUAUAUGCAAGGAAUAUCCAAUUGUUGGUUUUCGAUAUAGAUGUUUGAAGUGCUUCAAUUUUGAUAUGUGUCAAAGAUGUUUCUUUUUGGGUCGUAACGCAAAAAAUCAUAAACUAUCACAUCCUAUGCAUGAAUAUUGUACUACGACUACAUCGACUGAAGACGUUCGAGAUUUUACGAGAGCUCUUCGUAAUAAAUUCAAAAGCAGAAAAUAUUUCAAAAAACAUCCUCGAGUUGGAUAUUUACCAGUUCAAAGCGUAUUAGAGGGAGACGCUUUAGAAAGCCCUGCACCUAGUCCUCAGCAUGGAACUCACACAUUACAAAACGAUAUGCACUCUCGACUUGAAAUGUAUGCAUCUCGACUGGCUCAAGUUGAAUAUGGUACUCGAAGUAAUUCUACACCCGAUAGUGAUGACGAACAUCAAUUAAUUGCGCAAUACUGUCAAUCUUUACCUAAUAAUGGUGGACCUAAAUCCCCAGUACAAGUUAUGGCAGCCAUGGAUGCUGAACAAAGGGAGGAGCUUGAGGCCAUGAUUAAAGACUUGGAAGAAGAAAAUGCUUCUUUGCAAGCAGAAUAUGAAAGGCUAAAAUCAAAGCAAACGCCUAUAACCACUCCAGAUGAUUCUCAAAUGGGGCAAACAGGAACGGGUGGAAAUGACAUGAUGGCUGAAGCUAAGCUACUGAGACAGCACAAAGGAAGGCUAGAAGCGAGGAUGCAAAUUUUGGAGGAUCACAACCGACAAUUAGAAGCGCAGCUACAACGGUUACGACAACUACUUGAUGAACCAAAUACAUCCAAAGCAUCCACAUUGCAAACACGGUCUGUUACGGCAUCGCAACUCAAUACGGAAUCACCAGCUAAACUCCAACAAAAUGGUCAUUACGAUCAGAAUUCAAGUUUAGAAAACGGUGCUUCAGGUAAAACAACAAUAUCCCCUGCAUAUGUGGGUGUUAAUACUGGUGGUGGAAUUAACAGCGUUAAUGAGCAUACUAAUCAUGUGUCGUUAAAUAAUGUCAGCAAGAGUCUAUCAACGGUCAACAAUUUUGGGUCUGCUGACACGAGGCCACCACCGCCUCCUCAUACAAGUUUAUUACACAUGGCUGGUGAUUUGAACAAAGCCGUCGAGGAGCUGGUGAACGUUAUCACAGAACAGGAAAUUGAGCAACAAAGCGACAACGGAAUUCUCGAUUUGACUGAAAAAUAACAUGAUCAUCAGAGCUAUUUAUUGUGGCUCGGGCAAAAUAUUCCUACGCGGUUUGUAAUAUUUACAGUAGCUGUCAAGGAUCGUAGCAGAUUGCAAUAGUUAUAUUGCAUAAACCAAUAGAAACAUAUUGUUUCUUGCAACUAAUCUUAUAUGAAAACAAUAAUCUAUUGAUUAAGAGGAUAACAUUUUAUGCCCCAAACACGAAAUCAAGAAUCAUUUCAUGUAUGUGAAAACAGUCGGCAAUCGUAUUCCUUAGAGUAAUGACGUUUCUUAACACACGAAGUUUCUUAAGGCUCCAUAACAUUCGUAACCAUUUGUUAACGUUGAUAUGGAUAUUUUUUAUCGGUUAUAUAAUCAUAAACUUUUACUUCGAAACUGAA